GAUAAGUGAAAUAGGAACAUGUAUUGGAAUAGAACUUCGAAUUUUGAUACAUUAGGAAAGUUGCAUUGGUGUGGUGAUGUAGACUGUCAAAUUAGGAAUAAUUAUUUGAGACUUGUGGUUGGUAAAAUAAUUGUUUAAUUCUUUAAGUUUAUUUAUAAUUUAUAAUUAUGGAAGAGACAAUUUGUAUAAGAGAAUCUGCCAAAUCAUUGAAAAAGUAUGGAAGUACUAACAAUCACCAGAAGAGACAAGAACAUUAUAUAAAACAUACCAUAUCCAAAAGCGAUACACUACAAGGAAUUGCUCUUAAAUAUGGUGUAACUACAGAACAGAUCCGACGAGCCAAUCGGUUGUGGACGAGUGACAGUCUAUUUCUGCGCGAGACACUACUGGUGCCAGUACCGAGUGAGGGUAUAUCAUCGCCAAGUGACGUGACUCUGUUGACCGAUGCCCUGUCACCCACCUCUCUCUCCUCUAACAAUAACAACAACAACAGGGUUGACUCGGAUGGCAGCUACAACGACUUUCUCUGCAAGAUUGACUGCUCCAUAGCCAAUACGCGAAGUCAAGUGUUGUUGGCACAAGGGAACAGCGAAUUUCAAGAGGAGGACACACUGUUUGUGAGAAGAAAGCCAAUGUCGCGGUUGCGUCAACAACAGAGUGGAGAGCUGCCACUAGUGAUGACACAGGGCCGCCGCGUGCGCAACUCACUGCAGCGACUGGAGCAACAACAGGACGAGAUGUUUGAGUUGUAGCAGCGUCGCUUCAUCUCUAGGCUUGGACUGCUAUCCAAUUGAAGUAUUUUAUUUUUAAGAUGAAACAAUAUGUUUUGUACUGAAAAAAUUACUACAGACGUGUUACUAACCGUAAGGUAUUAUCCAUAAUAGAUUUGUCCUCGAUGUUUCGUCCAAUUUUUUUUUCAAUACUCAUUACAUUAAUUCAGUGUCUCAUGUAGAUUACAUUUGUAAAUAAAACUGUUCACUGUACUUAGGUUGUAUAUUUGUAUAGUUUUUAUAUUGCUCUUCUGUUAAAAAAUUGUUUAAGUUUUGUAAAGGAUUAGAAAUAUUCUAGUGAAAAUUUAUUUUGAAUAAAAGAUUCCCUUGUAUGUACUUGUCUUUACAGUUGUAAGCCUUCUGUAUAGUUUUCUAUAUAGUAUUUUUGUGGCAAAAAAAUUGUUGAUAGCUUUAGAUGUUUAAAAUGACCUUAUUUUUAACAAAAAAGGUGCACUUGUAUUUAUAUAGGCUUUAGUGACAUAUCUAUAAUGGUGUAGAUGAGUGCCAUGUAUAAGAAUGUGAAAUGUUACCAUUCAACAAAAUACUGCACUCAGUAUUAUUAUUUAAGAGAAGUUCAGUGAAAAUCUGUAUAGUGUAAUUAUUAUGUCAAAUGUGAUUAUUUUUCAUAAAAUAGUGCAUUUGAUAUAUUUUAAUAGAAUAAUAAAGAGUGCAUAUUGUCAUAGCUAGAUCACACCUGAGAUGGGAACAGUAAAGGAAACAGUGUAUUCAAUGCUUUAUAAAUAUUUAUUUAAUGUGUUGGUAUUCAUUUUCAUUGUAAACAACAGACUAAAUAGGCUAACAUUCCUGUUUGUGCAAUGAAAAAUGGAAUGUUCAGAAUAAAUAACUAAGUGUUACAAGACAACGUACCAAAUAAGGUCAAUACUAGUCCUUUCCUUUGAAAAUCUAUAUUUUUAGUUCUAUUCAGACUCAUACACCGGUGACUUCACUAUAUCUCAGAGGUACAUAAUUUACUAUUUUUACAGAUACAUAAAUAUAUUUGAGUAAAAAAGAAUUUACCAUGUUUUCAUAAGACUCAGCAGUAUAAUAGUGUUUUCUCUGAGAAUUUGACAGUUUAUUUUAUUACUGGACAGUAAAUUAUGUUGAGAUUAAUUAAACACCUUAUUGAGAUUACAAAACAUUUAAUAGUAUUUUCUUCUAAAUACUUUAAUAUGACUUUUUAAUGUAACUUUUAAUAAUUGUAAUGUAAUGCAAAGAUUAAAUUGAUUUUGUCUCACAUCAGAUUUAGAAUGUUGUAGAGCUUGAAUAUUAUUGAUAACUUCAAAGGUUCUCAGUAAUUCAGGAACAGUGGGAAAACUAGUCCCAUUUUAAUUCAUUCCUUUGAAAAUGUCUAGUUUUAUAUUGUGUGAACAGUUAUUUGUGAUAUAUUGUUGUUAAAUACUAUAUGAAAGUGCUAUUGUAUAAUUGCUGAGUCUAGAUCAUCCUGUAUUUGUUUUUAUGUAAUACCUAUCUAUCUUCUUUACUUUAGAUUUGUUUAAUUGCUCUCCAUUGAUAACUGUUUUAUUUAUCAUUUGUGUUCUUUUUUCACUUCAACAAUUUAAAGACAAAAUCUUAAAAAAUUGUCUCUUUCAAAGAAUUUGACAGAGAACAAAGCGCAUGUUUAAUACCUUGUCUAUGUACGUAAACUGGACAAAUGGAUUAGAAAUGUACAUGAAGUAUUUAAAAGUACACAGUGAUGUAGUGAGAUAGUAAAUAAGUUUGACUUCUGGCUUAACAAAAAGAAAAUAUAUAUAUAUAUAUAUAUAUAUAUAUAUAUAUUUAAUCUUACCCCUUAAAGUGCUGGGGCAUUGCCAAUUUUGACGAUUUGUGUAUCAGUAAUAUUUCAAUUAGUACAAUGUUAUUUCAACCAUCUGACUUAAUUUUUUUAAUUCUUUAUCUGAACUGUUAAGUGAGUUUUCAAUACUAUUUUCUUCAUCUUUAGUAAAUUACUUUGUAAUUAUGACAAUGUUUUCUUUUAACAGGUAACAAAGUAUUAAAAUAUAGUGUUUUUUAUGCUAAAUUUGUAUUAUUGCUUAGGUGCUAAUAAUUGUGUUUUGGUGAAAACAACACUGUACCAGAGUUCUUUGGAAGUGAAUAAGUUUUUAUGUAGACUUAUUAAGUUAUUAUAGAAAUGAGUAAAGAAAACAUUAUGACAACGACAAUAGUUAUGUACAAGUACAGAACAUGUCAGUUCUUUUAUCGACUUGUAGGCCUGGUUGUACCAAUAGCUGGGUUUUUUUUUAUCCAAACGAUAAUGCUGUAUUUGUUAUUAUUUCAAAAACAUGUAUUUUAUAUUGAUUUUAAUUUUUUAUAAUUUAUCUCAGAAAAACGUUUACUAUUAGUUAUUAUAACGUUUAUUAAAAUCUAUAAAUCAUUCCUUUUAUUUGAAAUCUUCAUAAUAUGUGUUGUACAUUUUCUUUUCUAAACCAUUACAUUUUUAAAUACAAUUUUACUUCCAGUUACAAUGCCAAUCUUGUUUUGCAGAAAAAUCUAUAUAAUAUAUAAAAUUUGCUCAUCUUUUCAUGGUUUAACUGAAAAAAUGUAAAAAAAUAUUAGCACUCACAAAUUUGGUACAAACUUGAUUUUUUUAUAAAAAUGUUUUAUGAUAAAUAGCUUGUAAACUUUUAUCAAUUGUUUUGACUAUCAUAUGUUAUUUGUUAGUUAAAUAAUAUAUUUUUCCAAAUGCUAGCAGAUUGUCAUGACCAUUCAUAUACAUGACAAGGAAAUGACCGCAGCACUGAAAGGGAUAAGUUUAUAAGGAAAAAUCUGUACAAAUUUUAUUUAUUUACUUUAUAAAUGAUAUUAAAUCAUAAAUUAACUUUUUGCUUUUUUAUUGUUUUUUAUGUUAUUGUUAGAGUUUUAUCAUUUUAUUAUAAAAUACUAGACUAAACUGAGCUAUAUUCAUGUACAGAGUAAGAAAACAAUAAUUUAAAAUGGUGUCCUUAUUAUAUUAAAACUAAGUCAAUAAAUUGUACUGAUAUAAUUUUCA